GGUUGGGAGGAAGAACUUUCACUGGAUUCUCUUCACCACACACAGACAUCGUCGUCAUCAUCAACAACAACAGCAACGGCAGCAACUCUUCAGAAACUUCACUCCAUCAUCUGUGACUCUGCAAUGACAUCUCUCAGGCUGUUGCCCAUGCUGUACUCCAUCCUCGUCCUACAAGUUCCACUUUCCAGUCCAUUAGAAGAUAACAAGAUUCCUCCCAGUCUAUGCACUGGUCACCCUGGUAUCCCAGGCUCUCCUGGAGCUCAUGGCAGUGCUGGUCAGCCAGGGAGAGACGGGAGGGAUGGGAGAGAUUCUGCUCCAGGGGAGAAAGGAGAGAAGGGGGACAGGGGAUAUACAGGUGAGACAGGACUGCGAGGUCUGACCGGGGACAGAGGCGACCCAGGAGUUAAAGGGGAGAGCGGGCAGCCAGGAGAGUGUGCCGUGGCCCCCAAAUCAGCCUUCAGUGCCAAACUAUCUGAGGGCCACACUUUUCCCCUAACUGUGGGAGACACAGUCCGCUUCGACAAGAUCAUGUUGAACGAACAGGGUGACUACAGCACAGAAACAGGACGCUUCACCUGCAGAGUCCCUGGAGUCUACUACUUCAGCGUCCACGCCACAGUCUACCGCGCCAGCCUGCAGUUUGACCUCAUGAAAAACGGCCAUGCGGUGGCAUCUUAUUUUCAGUUUUAUGGCAACUGGCCCAAACCGGCAUCUCUGUCAGGAGGCUCCCUGCUCCAUGUCAUCCCUGGCGACCAGGUGUGGGUCCAGAUGGCUCUGGGAGAGUACAAUGGAGUUUACUCCAGCACCAAGACAGACAGCAUCUUCACCGGUUUCCUGGUGUACUCAGACUGGAAAAAUUCAGCUGUGUUUGCAUGAAUGACACGUGCUUAUGAACAAAACAAAGUCAUAUCCCUCUUUGGGACAUGAACCACGCACAUAUUUCUUACCUAUUUCAAUUUUAUAAUUGAGAUGUUCUGGAUAAAGACAAGUGAAUAGGCUGUGAUGUGGAACAUCUGUGUUUGUGUAAUAAGUAAAAUCGCACACCAGAAUGUUGCUCGAAUGGCACAUAUUGUACCAUGAAGUGUGAGGUACGCACACCGAGCAGUAAUGUUUAUCCAGUGUCUGUUAUUCAGUUGCUGCCUUCAAACUGCUGUGACAGUUAAUUUUUGUAACAGAUGUUGUGUCAGUGGCCUCCAGCCAACUCCAGGCCACAAAUUCAAACAGCUUUCAUGCUAUUAUUGCACUUUGUUUCCCAAUGAUUUCUGCACACCGAACA